GUUAUGGCAUCCACCAAGCAACUUGUCGAAUCUGCGAUUGCGGAAAACAGAAUUGUCAUCUUUUCCAAGUCCUAUUGCCCCUAUUGCCAGCGCGCAAAGGGCGUCCUUGCGAAGCACCCUUCCUUAAUCUAUGAGCUUGACGAGAGGGAUGACGGUUCGGACAUCCAAAACUACCUUGCCCAAAAGACUGGGCAGAGGACCGUUCCCAAUAUCUUCAUCAAGCAGCAGCACAUCGGAGGCUCUGAUGAUCUCGCUGCUCUGGAGCGCUCGGGCCAGCUCGCGAAGCUGUUGGCCGCUUGAACACUAUCGUGCAUGCUAUCUAAUCGUUGUCCGCUGAUACCUCCAGAUGGGUUCAGUAAGAAUAGAAGUAUAGUUAGUUGACGCUAUGUAUAUGUUGUACGCAUCUUGUGAGACGGUGAAUAAUCCGGGAAUCCACGUCAG